AUGCUGGGCCUUCCAGAAGGCUGGGAGUCGGAUUACGGUGGAUCGAGAUGGUUCUACCGCUAUAAACCCACUGGCCUCACGCAGUUCCAGUUCCCAAAGCCCGGUGACGAGUUUCCCCAAUUCUUCGACUCGGGGUUUGGACCGCUCGACGUCGCGCCGGAAGAGAGACUGGCGAUUGAAAGACAGGCCAAACGUAGAAGCGAUUGCGAUGGCGACAACUAUCCGGAAAACAACUCAAGGACGGGUGAUACUGGAAGGAGCAAGGUCCCCACCCUCGAAGAGAAAGAACCGAUGAGCGCGACUGGCUACUUUGACACGGGUAGCUAUAUGUAUUUCGGACCCGGUACCUACAACGAUGUGAGCCCAGUGGCCGACGACGGUGACACGGCCUACAUGGUGUCCGGCAAGAGAGCCAAAGAAGCAAUGCGAAACCUGGCUGCUGAUAUCUCUCCAGAGCCUACUCCGCCAGUCACCCACAUUCAACCUGUGACGACCGAAUCUGUUCCAGGGCAUUCUUUUACCAGUGAAAGCGUCGAGCUCGUCGCUCCAGAGUUCACUACCUCGGCCUCACAGAGAAAGCCUGACGUAUACGAGCUUCAUGAAGGGGGUGGGCAGAUGUGGUCUCCCCUUGGAUUUAUUGCUGAGCUUGCCAGCAGCGAUACAGUCAAGUGCGCCGAGGAAUUGACACCUAUCGAGUUAGAUGCCACAUCUAUGACGAUAGCCUCUACACGAACGAAAGCAGCCCAGGAUGACCCGGUCGAAUUGCCUACACUCGGGAGUCCUGUGGAAAGGCAGCCAACAACACCAAAGUCUACUUCACCGCCAUUACAACAUGUCGAGCCAAAUCCGCUGUGCUCAGCUUCCUUUGCUCAACCGCCGUUGAAGCCGAAAAUAGACCACACGCGCAAUAUCUCGCCCACGACAAGUGGGAUGGUACAAGAACAAAAUGCCAGAGCUUCUGAGGGACCAGUCUCAGAUUCUACUGGGCACACCAAGUACCAGCCUUGGACACCGGCGCAGAGCCCUGAUGUGCAGGAUUCGAAACAAUCAAGCAGGAUCUCGAUGGCACCGUCUAAGAUGUCUGUUCUUCAGUCUCAGGAUAGCGAGCUUGGGAUCAUUUCAGGAGUCGAUGCGUCCCUGAACCCUGGCCAAGGUGUACCCGACGCUCUGGCACCACCGUCAGGCCCAAGACUGAUUAAUGCGAAUGUCACCCCCCCACAACAAACUGAAUCUUCAACUGAUCUAACGGUUGGAUCUGGCUUGUCUCAGGGCCCAUCGGUGUCGCAGCCCGGUGCUCAUCAGCAGGAUGAUUCUGAUUCGAAGUGUUCACAAGCAGCAUUUGGUGGGCCGCCACAGCAGGUUGCGAACAAUCUAUCACCGCCGCUUCCUCCCCGGCCCGUUGCCAAACACAUGACGUCGACUGGUACUUCAGGGAUGGACCAGGAGCAAUCGCUAGCUCAGACAUAUCUUGCCCAGGGACAACAAUUUGCGCAGACGCUAGGAGGUCAACCCUAUACGCUGCAGGCAGCUCUGCACGGUAAGCCUUUCAACUCAGCACAGGCUUCGGCAGCUAUCACAGACGCCGGAAAGGGGAUGAAGAAAUGGGCCAAAAGGGUGUGGCAGAAUCCAGCGAUGAAGCAGACCACGGCUGCAAUCGGCGGUGCCAUUUUCGCCGAGUCAAUGGGAGGAGACGGUGCUGCCGGUGCGGCUCUCGCGAAUCAGAUAUUCAACACGUCGCAAGCCCGUCCACAGGGUGGUCAAUUGCAGCCGCAAAGACCACCUGGGCCACCGCAUGCUCAGACGGCGCCAGCGCAAGUGCCAGCCAACCCAGUCUCGGUCCAGCAGCAGCAGCAGCAGAUACAGGCGGCGCAGUCCAUGCACCAACAACAGACAGGCAUGCCAAUAGGUGUCCAAACACCAGGGCGACCACCAGUUGUGCAGAACCCUGCUAUCGCUGGCAUGACUGUGAAUAUGAACGCUCAGAUGCAACAGGGAGGUUCUAACAGGCCACCACAACCCAUGGCGAGGCCACCAGUGGGACGACCACCUCCGCCGCAGAUGGUACAGCAGUCAUUUGCUUCACAACAACCUGGCUUUCAGGUACAGGGACAAGUACUGAUGGACCCAACCGUGGCAGCCAGUGCGUCUCUUGUUAGCGCAGCUUUUGGGGUGGCCCGGCGGGACGAACGGCAGCAGUCCAACCAUACGCAACCACAGCCGCAACCGCAAACAAACCCGCAAGCACAACCGGAACAACACGAACCGCCUAGCGAAACAAAUGCUGCGGCGGAUCACUCUACGUCGGACUAUUUCUUCGCACCUGAGACGACGAUAUAUGUUAAAAACACGACCGCGGUCGCCGACACAACGUACGUUGACGCGGCCUAUAUAGGUACGACGUACGUGGACACGGUACAGGCCGACACGACACAGGACGAGGCGACAUAUGAGGAUACAACAUACAUGGAUACGGCUUGCGGCGAUAUCAUUCACGUCGAUACAACCUGUGUCGAUACCACCUACGCCGACUCCACUUACGUCGACACCACUUAUGUAGACGUCAACUACAACGAGACAGUCUACACAGAGGAGACCGUUUCGAUGGUCAGCGUUGAUGAGAGCAUGAGCUAUGCUGGUGGCAGCGAGUGGGCUGUCAGCACCAUUGAUACGGACUACUCUGGUGGUGAUUGGGGUGACUGUGGAGACCUUAUUUAG